AUGCUGUUGCUACAUGCUAUUCUACUGCUGUUAGCCCUGCCCAGUCCUGGCCAGGAUAUCACAACCCAAGAGCCUGGAGUUCUGCUUGCCCCACCCAAUGGGGCCUGCACAGGUUGGACGGGCAUACCAGGGCAUCCUGGCCACAAUGGGAUCCCAGGCCGUGAUGGGAAGAGAUGGAGCCCCUGGUGAGAAGGGUGGAAAGGAGAUCCAGGUCUUCCUUGUCCCAAGGGUGACACUGGUGAGACUGGUGUGACAGGGGUUGAAGGUCCCCGAGGGUUUCCAGGAAUCCCGGGCAGGAAAGGAGAACCAGGAGAAAGUGCCUAUGUAUACCACUCAGCAUUCAGUGUGGGAUUGGAGGAACGGGUCGUCGUUCCCAACGUUCCCAUUCGCUUUACCAAGAUCUUCUACAAUCAGCAAAACCACUAUGAUGGCAAAACUGGCAAAUUCCAUUGCAACAUUCCUGGGCUGUACUACUUCUCCUACCACAUCACUGUCUACAUGAAGGAUGUGAAGGUCAGCCUCUUCAAGAAGGACAAGGCUGUGCUCUUCACCUUCGAUCAGUACCAGGACAAGAAUGUGGAUCAGGCCUCCGGCUCUGUGCUACUCCAUCUGGAGGCUGGGGACCAAGUCUGGCUCCAGGUGUAUGGGAAUGGAGAGCAUAACGGGCUCUAUGCAGAUAAUGUCAACGACUCCACCUUCACAGGCUUCCUUCUCUACCAUGACACCAACUGAUCACACUCACUCAGAGCCUCCAACAAGCCAAACAGCCCAAAAGUCAAUCAAAGGACCAUUGGCAGGUUUUAGCAUAGGCAGGAGAUUGAUUCAGUUAUCUGGUUGGAAGACUCUGAACUAUUCAUUCAUUUAGUUUGUUCAGUUAUUCAUUUAUCCAUCAAGUACCCUUUUAAAAAAUCAUACACAAAGUUCCCAGUCCUGAAGGAGACAUGCUCCCCUGGCUUUAAGGCUAUUAUUUCUAUGUAGUGUCAAUAAAAGGAUAAUAAAAAUAUUUUCUGGGCAGCUUCACAUGCAUGACCAGAUAGCUGACCUCAAGAAAGUUAUCUGGCAAUGUGCUCGUUGCUUCUCCUGAAGUUCAUGCCAACAAACGUGAGGUUGGCAAGGCAGAUAUUAACCACCCCCCUUUCACAGUUGGGGUUCUGAGACUGAAAGAAUUAAGUGAAUGUCCUAAGGUCACACCGGUACUAAAUGGCAGAGCUGGAAAUUAAACCCAGGGACUUGGACUUUUUUAGGAGUACAUGGGCUCUUUGCGGCAUUGGUAGGUGUUUCUUGCCCAGCCUGCCUGAGGGUCCCUGAAUUUGCCUUCAUCAGGAGUUAAGUGUUCCGCCCAGUAGAGCCUCCUCCAAACAAGGUGGUUCUAUGUCUACUCCCACCCAGCACGACACAAUAUUCCCUGCAAUGCUCUGUACUUCCCUUCUCUGUGUCUUUCCUCACGCUAUUCCCUCUGGCCUGGAAAGUCAACUCCAUCUUCACAUGUUGAAAUCCUCCCUGUUCCUCAAGUCCACCUGGUCAUGAAGCCUUGUUGAUGUGAUGUGUUUCCUUCAAACCUUCCUCGCCCAGUAGGCCUCAUAUUUCUCCACAUUUUACCCUGCGUGUGGGAGACAUUUCUUCUACCACGCUGGGAACAACUGUUGGGUAAAGACUGUGCUUCUUUCACCUUCAAAUCCCCUUGCAAAUCCUUGAUAAAUGCUUCUUGAAUCCCAUAUCUACCCUGAAUUAACUCCAUCUCAGUCUCUCCAUAAAACUAAUCCUUGUCCACAGAAAUAUUUUUAUUUUAGGAACUCCAGGGCUUUAAACACAAUCUUCUUUUCCACAGAGGUUAGGGAUAGUUAUGCUUUCCAAAAUACUUAAAGAAUUUUUCCUGAGGGUAGCAUAAGCCUGAAAUGCAAAAUCCAAGAAGAAAUGUGAAAUUCAUUCUUUCCCUGAGUACUAGCAGAGUUCAUCCAGGAAGACGGAAUUUAUUCUUGUUCUUUAAGAAUUACAGGUGGUUGAUGGUGGCCAACAUCCUCUCAGGAGACAAUCACUUGAGUGAUGAUGCUUUUCAAAGAUUGUAGUGAAAACAGAGUUAAGCAUUCCAUGUAAAUACAGAAACAGAAAACCUACUUUUGCUUAGUUUUAAUUCUGGAUGAUUCCCUGUUAUAUGUACAU